AUGAGGAAGUUCCCCGGAAAGGUAAAGCGCAACCGGGAGGACAGCCCCGAAAGGACGUGCAUCACGCUGGUGCGCGCAACGCUGCUACCCAUCCUAAGUAUCGACAAGAGUGAGAAGACGACGCUGUUCCACCCUUUUAAGAACCCCCUCCCUGGGUUCGUCAGUGACAAAAGUCUCUAUGUUAAAAAAACUUUGGGUGCAAAGGUUAGGCGCACAGGGUGGAUUAACCUAACUAAUUGCAUCCCCAGAAGGUCGGAAGGAGCAGAAGCGGAUGAACAAAACAAGGAGAACGAAAUAAAAAAGGAGUUUGUACCACUAAUCUUGUACGAGGAUGAAAACAACAAGAUAGAAGUGGAUCCCAUUUUGGCUCAGUUCCUAAGGGAACACCAACGGGAAGGAGUCACCUUCGUCUUCGAGUGCUUAAUGAACCUAAGGGAUGAGAAAAUAAGUGGAUGCAUCCUGGCAGAUGACAUGGGGUUAGGAAAAACGCUCCAAAGCAUUUCCGUCCUGUACACACUACUCAAACAAGGGAUGAAUAAAAAGCCAGCUGUUAGGAGGUGCCUCAUUCUAUGUCCAGCUAGCUUAAUAAAUAACUGGAACGAUGAAAUAAAUAAAUGGCUCCCUGGUAGAUGUAACGUGACUUGUGUUAACGACAACGCAAAGGAUAAAAUAGUAAGCAAGUUAGAAGGAUUCAAGUAUGACCAUAAAUCUACCGUCAUCAUCUGCUCAUACGAAUGCUUCCGUAUUAACAACGACUCGUUAGACAAAUCUUCCAUAGACAUGAUCAUAUGUGACGAAGCCCAUCGGUUAAAAAAUGAUAAAACGAAGACCUACAUGAGCAUUUAUAAUUUGGCUGCUCGGAAGAGACUUCUUCUCUCUGGUACGCCAAUACAGAACGAUUUAAGUGAAUUCUUCGCCCUCAUUUCUCUGUGCAAUCCCGACCUCUUUGACGAUACCAAUUUGUUUAGAAAAAAAUAUGCCAACCCGAUUCUAAUUGGGAGGGACAAAGACGCAACGGAGAAGGAACAAGCAAUCGCAUCAGAACGGUUAGCCGAACUGUCAGCCAUUACAAAUAAGUUCAUCCUGAGAAGGACAAACAAUCUACUCUCCAAGGUGCUACCAGUAAAGUAUCUGAUUAACAUUUUUAUUAAGCUGAAUCCGAUACAGGAAGCUUUGUAUGUCCUUUUUUUAAAGGAUAAGAAGAUACUGAAGAACGACCAGAAUACGAACAGGGUGAAUGUACUCAUCAAUAUAAAAAAACUGGAGAAAAUUUGCAACCACCCGCUGCUGCUUAAUGGAAACGAUAUGAAGGACGUCGGGCAGGUGUCCUUCGCUAAGCUUAUUGAAGACGCCGCUAAGGAGUUGGAGAAGAAACCAGAUCGAAGCGCCAAACGGGGGAAUGCACGCGGGGGAGGCAGCCCAGUUGGUGCAACCUCUGCGGAGAAACCAUCCCCAGAAAGCAACUCACAGGGGGAUCGUGAUAGGGACUAUAGCCGUGAUCGUGAUCGGGACCGUGAUCGGGACCGUGAUCGGAACCGCAGAGGGGCCGUCGAAAUGGACUACGACAAACCGGUGAAGAAGCUCCUGGAGGAAUGCAGAAGAGACACGCACAGGUCCUACUACAACAUGUCCUGCAAGUUCCAGUUGCUCCACUUCCUCCUAAAAACGAUCAAACAGAAUACAACAGAUAAGGUAGUCAUAGUAAGCAACUACACACAGACACUGGACUACAUGGAAAUAUUAUGUAGAGAAAAUUUCUACAAAUUUGUCCGACUAGAUGGAGGAAUAAACAUAAAAAAAAGACAUAAGGUGAUUAAUGACUUUACACACUCGUCUGAUAUUUUUAUAUUCCUCCUUUCGUCUAAAUCCGGCGGGUGCGGUAUCAACCUGAUCAGUUCGAACCGUUUGGUUCUGUUAGACCCUGACUGGAACCCUGCCAAUGAUAAGCAGGCUCUAGCCAGAGUGUGGAGAGAAGGACAGAAAAAAAUCUGCUACAUCUAUAGGUUCUUCUGCACAGGUACCAUUGACGAGAAGAUGUAUCAAAGACAGAUCAGUAAAGAUGGACUUUCCUCCAUGAUCGUUACCAACACCAAUUUGUCUAAAGAUCAACUCUCCGACGAGAAUGUAAAGAAACUCUUUAAUUAUAGAAUGAAUACUCUUUGUGAGACCCAUGAUAAUAUUGAAUGCACUAGGUGCACUAUGAAAAACUGCACCGAGAAAGAUGUAGAAAACGUCUCGGAGCAAUUGGAAGAUUUUGAAGAAGAAGAUGUAAACACCUGGGCGCACCACCAAAGUGUAGACACCGUUCCUGAUGAAAUUCUAGUACAGGCUGUAAAGGCUGCCACUGACUACAAGCUUAACGACAUGAACAACUUUCCCGUUUUGAAAAAACUUUCCGAUCUUUUUGUUACCUUUGCCAUGAGUUGCAAGAUUGAAUUCCGGGACGACUUGAUCAAACAGAAGGUGCAGAAGAAGGCGGAGCUGAAGCCGCUCACGGGAAACUCCGACGCGGCACCGGGGGGCGACGUUCGUGGGGAGAGCGAGGUGGACGAGGAGGAGGACGAAGCGGAUGAUGAGGAGGAAGAUGACGUGGACGAGGAGGAAAGUGUUGGAGAUGAGGAAGAAGAAGAAACAGAAGGAGAGGAAAGUGACGUGGAGGAAGAUGACGAAGCGGAAGAGGAAGAAGAGGACGACAACGAGGGCGAUGAAAAAACGCGCAAAGUCGGGUACCAACACAAACUUAUGGAAAUCAUGGAAUACCAACUCGAACGUAGAAGGGAAAAGAGCAAAGGGGCUGGAGGCGACGCAGAGGAACCUGCGUGGGCUACGAACACCUCCUUUCAUGGGAAGGAUAGAACAAAGAGGGAGGAUGGAGCCAAACGGGAGGACGGAGCAAAGCGGGACGACGGAACCAAGCGGGAGGACGCUAACCAGCAACCACCGAAGGAGACACCACCUAGCCAGAAGAAGGACCGGAAAAUAAGUAGCACGGUUAAGGCCACGUCCCAGGAGGAGCUCGUGGGCCAAGAAGAGGACGCCGCCUCCAAGCGAGUCACACGAAACAUGAGUCAGAAAAAUUUGAUAGAACUCCUGUCACAGGAUGAGGAAUCCAAAGUGACUCUUCUCUCCAUGUCGGAGGACGCGGACGCGGACGCCUCCGUGGAAAACGUAAGCACGGAUAGCUCCUACUUGAUAUGA